AUGGAGGGGUUGACACAGAAUGAGAAGAUUAUAUGGUCGUGUUGGAAAGAAAAGUCUCCGAGAGAUGUGGUCAGGGAGGCGGCUGCGAAGGGUACUCAUAUCGAACUGGCGAUCACCUAUCUCAAGGAGAAAAAUGGAUGGAAUGAUGCCACUGCCAGGGAAUGGUUUCUGGCCGAGGUGAAAGCAUGGACUGUGCAGCUGUUAUUGAGAAAACAGAUAUUUAAAGUUCUGCAUAUUUUGAACAAGGUUAAAAUAAGUCCAGAACUACAUCUGAUGACCUUAGCUCGGGACUCUGCGCAGAUUGAGUACAGAGAUUUCAUUGUAGAACAUCUUGAGAAGUUGUCCAAGGAUAUGAGCAAUGAAACAAAAGAGGAAUGGCUUCAUUUUAAAAGACAUUGGAAUCUUCUCCGUUAUUUAGAAAAAGCAUUUGAGAGUGAAGGAACUUUCAAACAAAACAAAGUUUUUGGUAUAGGAAAAGACCGCAUAGUUGUCAAUGAAAGUGAGAUCAAGGCUCUGACUAUAGAUAAAAUAGAAAAGUAUCCACAACAAUGGAAAAGUAAAAUUGCUACGGCAUUGUUCUUUAAUUCAUUUGAAUUCUCUUUAUUAGACUUCUCAGCUCCAGUAGAAAUGUGGAACUAUUUGGUGGAGAACAACAAAGCCAUGAUCCUUGUCCGUUGGAUCAAUGUACAGACUUCAGAAGUAGUGCGGGACAUGAACGCGCGGUACAUCUUCUUCAAUAACGAAGGAUUCGCCAAGAAACUUCUGAAUGUUGACACCGUAGGCUUUGACACACAUGUCUUAGAGAGCUUAGACGAAAUAUUCCGUAAAUGGCCAGUCACAAAUGAAAUGAUUGAAAAUGUUGCAAAAAGCAAUUGUUUUGCUUACACCAAGCUAUGCAUUUACGACACAUUGGCCUCUUACGGCAUUGUGAAUGAAAGUGAGAGAAAUAAUUUAUAUUUAAUCAUAUCAAGACUAGCUCGCACACAGAACUUGAAAUUAAUUGACGACAUCUUCACUGAAUCAUGCUCCACUAUCAGUCGCGAGCACUUCUAUGUGGAGCUAGCUAAGUAUUGUGUUAAGAAUAAGUUAUAUAAAGUACUGACGCUAUGUGUAGAGGGUAAUAUAUUAGACACUGACCUAUCUGACGUCGAGCAGGAGGCAAAAGAUUGCAUAGAGCUCUGGUUGUUGUUUAAAAGCAUCGAACAAACUUCGGACAGACAAAGCCACGUGCUGCCCGUAUACAAAACCUGUGAGCAAAUCGCCAAUGAAAACAUCGACGACUAUGUUUCCUCUAAUCCACAUUUAGUAUUAGGAAUGAUACUUCUAGAAGACGCUAAAAAGUUAUUCGACAUAUUUUCCAAGGAAGACUUUUUACAGUUCAAAGACUUUAAAUUGCCAAAUAAAUUUUACAAAGACAAGCUUCCACAUUUGUAUAAUAUUUACAAGAAAUAUGCGGAUGCGAAUCAUACGUAUGAAUUAAAGGACGUGAAUGUGUACCAGCUAUUGUCUGGUUACCGCGGUCUCGAUGUGUCCAAAAUAUUUGAAUUUCAACUAGUCAACCAGAAUACGAACAGUCUGCUCACUGACAAGCCAGAUAGACGCAGCCUGGGGAGUCUGUUGUCAAGUGACGUAGAUGUAAAGUCUGCUAGUAUCAAAGCUUUGUCCCAGAGAGCUAUGGAGAUGCCAGAUUUUGCGGAUGAGAAGCUAAUGAAGAAGUAUGGCUAUGUAGCUAAGUUGAACCAUGUGUAUUAUUUGAAACAGUAUCGCCCCUGCAAUGCUAGCCAAGCGUUUGUUUCACAGCAGUAUCAGACAUACAACCGUUUGCAAGACAAGAGCGUAAAGAGCGCGUGCUGUGAGGCGCACGCGUUAGCACUGCAGAAUUGGUUCGACGGUGCUAUGACCGCUUGCACUGUGUCUUUCAUAGCUAUGAUAGGAUGCAAUCCAACACGAUGCAGGGUUCAUAUCUCUGCUGCUAAAAUGAUAAAGAAUCACUUGAUGGAGUACAGAGGGUUGUCCGAGGAAAAAGCGAAUAAAACAGUCAACGAGUACAUGUCGAAACUUAUACAGAGUAAUGAUGAAGCUGCUAGGGAGAUGUUGCGGUAUAUGGAAGAGAUAACUUUGAGCCGAUUGAAUGAGAGGCAGAAGCGGGAUGGUAAAGUGGACAUGGCGCUGGUGCUGUACGAGUGUCAGACGAUGGUCAAGUUCGCCACGCUUCACAACUUGCCGCUACCAGAACUGCAGUUGCGGGAAUUUGUGAAGGCCAACUCCUGGUUUAACUUUCUCCUUUUCGGCGAUGUGUUUCGCUACCCACUCAGUCAGAUGCUCCAGUUAGCUCAGGAGUUCGAAAAGAAGUCGUAUGCGGAACAUUUAAAGCACAUAAUGCUGCAUCGAACUGUUGACGAGGGUGUCGAAAAAGAUAGUAAAACUAAUGCAAGUAACGGACAGAGGCGAGUUUCGAGAUUAAAUUCCGUGGAAAUUGGUUCUGUCCUCAUACAGAGUCCUAGUCCGACGCAAGUGGGCAGUUUCGAGUUCCCCUCAAGCGCGUACAUGGGACGGGAGCUGUGGGAGGUGGCGGCCGCGUGUCAUGGUCCGGAGGAUCCACCGGCCGCCUUACUGAGGGCUGCUGACAUCUGCAGAGAACCCCUAUUGGUGCUUAUUGCUAGUUGCUACGAGCCAAACGCGGUAGAGAUGCUUUGGCCUCAAUGGAUCCUCUCCUCCUUGUCUCUCAGUCCUCGUUCUCAAGGAGUGCUGCAGCAAUUGAUGACGCAGCAGCAAGGUGCCUCGGAGCAGUUCCAGAAAGUAGCUGAACUGUGUUUAAUAGAGGGCUACGUCACCACCCUACAUGAAGCUAUGCUCAUUUUUAUGCCGGAAAGCCCCCUAACUUUAUUUACGGCCUUCCUCCACCGUUGUAUUCGUCAGCACAACUUUGAUUCCGAAACUACGAAACUCCUCACUAGUUUCCUACAACACGCACAACGUAAAUACAGUGUUGGCGCUAGUGGCGCGCCAUGGCAACUGUCCAAGGAGGCCUUACAAAAAGUUUCUGUGUCUCUGGUCAAAAUUGCGCUGAGCAAUAACUUAGAUAGCGCGUACCUUCAAAGAGAGUUCCUCAAAUGUCUAGCUGAUCAUCAGUUCGAAAAAGGAUUUACGGUACCAUCACCAAAUUUCUCAACACUAUACGAAAUACUCAAAAUAUCAAUGGAAACAUCCUUAGCAAUAAACAUAUCAAAAUUACUUCAAGACGAUUCUCAGAAAUAUGUAGAAGAAUGCGUCCAAAUGUACACCGCUAAAAGGGACUAUAACGUUGCUUUGAAAAUCGCAAAGCUUUCUGGGGUACCCGUAAAUAGUAUUUUGAUAGCAGAAUGGACGCAUAAAUACGAGAAUCUUCUUACUAGAGAAGAAAUGUUAGAAGAUAAGGGUAUAACGUUAUUUAUUGCUCAAUGCAGUGAAGCUUUUAAGAAGGCAACAGUUACUUUCAAGGACGCGACAGAAUUCCUGGUCUCACACGUCAACAACAUCACAGAUACCGCACAAAAGUUCUACUCCUACCGAAUCAUUAUGAGUUGGUUCGAAGAGAAUUUAGAAUAUGGGAAACGACGGGAAGAAAUCGAACAUCUCAUGUGGGAUGCGUACUUCAAAAACGAGGCACCGAAUACGAUAUUCCUGAACAGUUAUCAGAGCACAAUGCAUUUUAUAAUGAACGGACAGAAAGAUCCGAAUAUCUCGAAGAAGAUCGGCCAGGCUAACGCGGAGAAACCAUUUACCAUGAUGCUGGACGAGAUAGAGAUUGAAUCAGAUGUGAGCAAUAUAGAGAAUGUGGUGUUAUUAGAGGACCCUGAAGCUAUAGAUAACUGGAGAAGGGUUAUGAAUCAGUUGCUAGAGUUGAAACUCUUGGUUGACGCGUUUAGGUUGUCGGCCUUGUUCAAAAGUCCGCCUGAGUUCAGGUAUAGGCCUCCAGCGUGUCCCGUGCAGAUAGUAAGGACAUGUUUGAAGCUCGCGGAAGGUUCGUGCUCGCCUUACGAACUGCCGCAAGAGUUGAGGCUGGUGAUAUCUUCUCCUGUACUGCAGAAUAAAUUGUCGAUAUCAGGUAUAUCGGACGCUAGUUUCGAGGAGUUAGUGGUGAUACAAGAAAAACAGGAAAAUGUGCCAGAGAGUGCUCACUUAGCGGCGCGAGAGGAAGCCGACCGGCUGUCAGCACUCGAUGCUUUGGCUGUCAGGAGUGGGUUGACGCUUGCUAAGCAGGUUGCCAGCUACUUCCGCAUAGCUCUACAAAUAGGAUGGGACUACACUUCAGUGUUAAAAUAUCAGAACCACGCUAUUGACUUUAUCAACUUAGUGAGUGGAAGGGCGCGGAUGUCUCUUGCCAAUCUGGUCUUCAAAACAUUUAAUAUUCCUACUAAACAGGUCGCAGAAUACCUCUGCAAAGAAAUUGUAGCAGCUAUAAUAUCGCCUCAUUUAGUAAAAACAUCGACAUUUAGACAGAAGGAACACUUUCAAUACACGCUCUGGGGCUACGCAUUAAACGCAGACAUUGAAAUGUUCCUCAACAUGCGACCAGACGCUUGCAGUCAGAUCGGCAAACUGAUCCUAGACCACCUCAUCGCCUUCCAAAAGAUUUACAAAUGCUCUAAUGUGUCUGGAACAUCCAAACCGGAUAAUUUACUAGAUGAUAACGGACUAGAUGUUGAAAAUCUCAUAGAUGAAGAAUAUCAAAACGUAGAAGGUGAUGAGGCAGAGUCAGUGCUGACUGAGGAGGGAACUGUGCUCUCAGCUGAAACUGAGUCAGUUUAUUCAGUGUCUACUGUGUAUACGGUGUAUUGUAACAAGAUGUCCAGAGAUUGCCGAAGGAAUUUGUUCGAUGUGAUCACUAAGAAUAAUGUCCAUAUUCGCUAUGAAGUUAAGUCCAAUAUCAGGAAGAUAACUAAAGGAGCGAAGUUGUCUACUAAACAGGUAAACAUAAUCUGCCUUGAGCUGCUAGUACUGGCACACGAGUGUUUCGCGUGCGCGUGCGACACGGAGGGCGUGGCCACCACACUGCGGUCUGCGCAGGCGCUGGCGGCGCGACUGCUCGCCUCGCGCUCAUGGAGGCUCAUGGUCCGGCUCCUUACUGGACUGGCACGGUACACUGAGUGCGCCUAUGUGUUCCAGGCAUUACGAGACAACCAUCAAUUCGAGUUCCUACUAGGUCAGUUUGACUAUAUGUUGGGACAACAAGUGGACAAGAUAGCGGAAUUCAAACAAGGUCUACUGGACUUCUUGAAGACACACUGUCCAGGAGAUACGGACACUUAUAUCAUGGUAGCUUUACACUUCAAUAUGUAUGCUGAGGCCGCAAAUGUCAAGAGGAAACAGGCAUUGAAUCUUAUUGAUGAUUUGGAGAAGAUGGCGUUGGACUCGGCUAAGGCAACAUCUAAAAAACCGUUUCAACCACCAACAUGGUUGCAAAUUCACGACUCUGUGCCAACUAGGUCUCUCUUAGACACCGCUUUGAACCAUUGUACCGAUGCAGCCGAGUUAUACUUGCAAGGUGGUUGUACUGGGUUUGCGGGAGAAAUGGCGUCGCUUGCCCAGCAAAUUGCGUUGCAAAUAUCUUUGCUAAAUGCAUCGCCUACCAGACUCAUAUUGAACAGAAGUACUGAGCAAAUGUAUAAACUUGUCAGCGAGUAUUUGAGUUUCAUGGAAGGUCUAGUCCUACUGGCUGGUCGUGGCGGCGAGGCGUGGCGUGAGCUCGCGUAUCGGCGUACACUGACCAACGACCAGGCGUACUUGAGAGAUAUGGCCAUGUACAGGCCUGAUGUCGCACAUGAUUUCUUAAAUAGAUACAAAACGGAGAGGAACAAGACUCCAGGCUCUCAAGCAGCGAUGAACGAGCUUCGUAAUCUGUGCAGAUGA